AAGAGGUAUGGAGAGACAGAUGUUACAGCGGGCCAGGGAAGCCUUCUUCAGUGGCCGAGCUCGACCUCUGGAAUUCCGAGUGCAGCAGCUCCAUGCUCUGCAGAGGAUGCUCACAGAGAAAGAGAAGGAUAUCUCCACUGCUCUGAGACAAGACAUCAACAGGAAUCAGUAUGACACACCACUUCUGGAACUUAUUGGCAUUGAGAAUGAUAUCAAACUGGCCAUAGAGAAGCUUUCGGACUGGGCAGCUCCUCGACCUGUAGAAAAGAACCUCCUCACUUUAUCAGAUGAGGUUUAUAUUCAGCCAGAGCCUCUGGGAGUGGUCCUCAUCAUUGGAGCCUGGAACUACCCCUGGGCUCUCACUUUACUGCCACUUGUUGGAGCUAUUGCAGCAGGUAAUCAUUUUUAUUGA